UAAAGUCAACAUUUCAUUACCAAGUUUCUCUCCUCAUCAGAUCAACACAGAGCAGCUCCUUCAAAUGUUUGGUUUUGUGUCAGCAUUAUCCAUUACAACAGAGAAACAAGGCUACACAAUGAAGACACCAGAAGCUGUAUCCUGUCUUCCAGUCAAACCACUGCUUGAUGAACCAGAGCUCCUCACUACCAUAAACACUGGGCAUAAAUAUGUACACAGUGUUGCUUGUCUCAGUGAUGAAAAAAUCUGGACACACCAUAAUGACAAAAUCAUGAAACUCUACAACCUCCAGGGCAAACUACUGAAGUCAAUCAAAAUCAAUUCUGGGAACAUACCAAGGGACAUAGCAGUGACAAGGAGUGGAGAUCAAGUUUAUACUGACCCUCGUACAAGAACUGUAAACAUAGUGAAGAAUAAACAGAUACAGAAAAUUAUCAGACUACUGGGGUGGAUACCUUACUUUGUCUGUAGUACCUCCUCUGGUGACCUCCUGGUUAUCAUGGAUAGUGAUGAUGGAAAACAAACAAAAGUUGUCCGUUACUCUGGCUCCAAAGAAAAACAAACCAUUCAGUUUGACAGUGAAGGCAAACCUCUGUAUUCAUCUGGUUACAUUAAAUACAUCAGUGAGAACAGGAACCUGGAUAUCUGUGUGGCUGACAAUUUAGCCAGUGCAGUAGUGGUGGUUAAUCAGUCAGGAAAACUCCGAUUUAGAUACACUGGUCAUCUCUCUACUACCAAGGUAUCAUUUGAUCCACGUGGCAUCACAACUGACAGCCAGAGUCAAAUCCUGUCGGCAGACUUUGAUAACAACUGUAUCCACAUUCUAGAUCAGGACGGACAGUUCCUCCGUUACAUCGAUAAUUGUGGUCUACAGCAUCCAUAUGGUUUAUGUGUAGACAUCAGAGACAACCUCUUUGUGACUGAACUUGACAGUGGUAAAGUGAAGAAAAUCAAAUAUGUGUAA